GAGGAAGAGACAAAGCGGCUGCUGGAGCCGGCAGCCAGCCCGCCCAACAAGGUGCUGAACGGGGCAGAGCAGAGCUACCACAACCUGCCGUCAGCACGCACCGAUGAGCAGGCCAUGCUGUCCUCCAUCCUCGCCAAAACAGCCAUCAACAUCAUCGACGUGUCGGCAGCGGAUUCCCAGGGCAUGGAGCAGCAUGAGUACAUGGACAGAGCCAGGCAGUACAGCACACGCCUGGCCAUGCUCAGCAACAACCUGACGCACUGGAAGAAGCUCCCACUGCUGCCAUCCCUGACUAACCAGCCGCACCAAGUGCUCGCCAGCGACCCUGUCCCCUUUGCAGAUCUGCAGCAGGUGUCCCGGAUAGCUGCCUAUGCCUUCAGUGCGCUCUCACAGAUCCGUGUUGACGCCAAAGAAGAACUGGUUGUACAGUUUGGCAUCCCUUGAACCUGCCCCCACCACUGCUGCUUCAGUGCUUUGGGUUGUUUUUGGUUUUUUCCUGAUUUUUUUUCUCUUUGUAUCCCUUCCCUCCCCAUGCUGCUGCCACAGAACUUGGACAGAUACCCUGUUUCCUACUAAAUGCCAAGGCACCCAUCAUUGGCAUGUUGAGCCCACCUGCAUUGCUUGAGGCUUUCUCCUCCUCGUGGGUGGGUGGGUGGGUGGGUGUGUGUGCGUGGGGAAGAGGCUGUGUCAGCUGGAUGCUGCCUUGCACAGGGACAAGCACAAAGGGAACAGCUGGUGCAAGGAGGCCCUGGUGUGGGUCAGCACCAUAUGCCAGGUCACCAGGAUGGGUGGCUGGAGCCAGGCAGAUGUGAUGCUCUGCAUGGGGCCUGGUGGCUCCAACACCAUCCCUUCUCCUUUUUACAUGUUUAGACCUUUAUUUUGGUUGUUUUUUGGUUUUGUUCUUUUUUUUUAAUUAUUAUUUUUUGCCACAGUAGAUAAAGCCACGUUCAUCCAGUGCCUGUCUCCACUGUUCUCUGUCGGACACAGCAUGGACAUGAUGGGGGGAGCCAUGCCCUGGUGGGGGGGUACACACAUUUGUCUGACCCCUGUCUCCUCUUUGAUCAUGUCCCAUGGGGGCAAGGGGACAGGGAAUGCAUGAUGACCCACCUUUAAGGGGAAGGAAGCACCUGAGAUUACUAAAUGCUCAAGAUUGAAAGGAAUGUCAAAAGUCAGGGUUUGCAAAUAAUCAGAAAGUUUCAUUAGUAAAUGACACACUUGGCAUGGAAAUUGCAGGGUACCUUUUUAUGGAUAGGUUUCCGCAGCCUGAAGAGGAUUUCUCAUUUUCUAUGCAAAUUAGUUAUCAUGCACAGUCAGUUCUUUCAGGUCUACCUGGAAAUAGAUCCAACAGGUUUGGGGGUCUUUAGUCAUCUUAAUCCUACCCACCUCGUGCCACUCAUGCUGUUUUGUCUUGUGCUUAUCAGCAGGAACUACAAUAAGGAUGUUUUUCCAGGGC